AUGGCGGCGAACAGAAACCGCCGCCUGGUCAAGGAGAUUCAGGACGUUCAAAAGGACUCGCUCUCCGGUGUCUCGCUCGAGCCGCUGAACAAGGCCCAAACCGGCUCCGACACUCUCGAUGAUUUAACACACUUCAAGGGCGUCUUCCGUGGCCCGCCCGACACUCCCUACCACGGUGCCACCUACAACGUUGACAUCAAAAUCCCAAACGAUUAUCCUUUUCAGCCGCCCGUCAUGAAGUUCACUACAAAGAUCUGGCACCCAAACAUUUCAAGUGUUACAGGUGCUAUUUGCCUAGAUACUCUAGGUUCAGCCUGGUCUCCUGUCCUCACCCUCAAAUCCGCCCUCAUAUCGCUUCAGUCGCUACUAUCCUCUCCCGAACCCAAGGAUCCUCAAGACGCCGAAGUUGCUCGCAUGCUCAUCACAAAUCCCAAAGAGUUUGAACACGUCGCUCGUGAGUGGGCAAUCAAGUACGCUGGUGCUCCCCAGGGUCCCCCUGGCUCAGACAGCACCGGUGCAGAGGGAAGUGGAGGUGUCACCGAAGAGACACUCAAGCACAAGGACGACCAGAAACGGGAGAGGGCAGAAGCUGCAAAACUCGCCCAGUAUCACGGAUACAACAAAUCUCUGGUCGAUCGCUUCUCUGCCAUGGGUUUCGACGUUCCAACUGUAGUCGCUGCCUUUGAGUUCACUGGUAUUGACAAGAACGACGGCGAGGACUACGAACUAGAGGAAGAGUACAUGGGCGACAUUACCGCAAGGCUGUUUGGCGAGGCGUGA